CCAUGGAGAGGAAGAAGAAGGACCCUUGGUCCUGCGCCCUAAAUGGCGACGACAGCGAUAAAUCGUCGAGCAACGAGAGCCCUUCGACGACCAGAUCCUCGAGCAGCUCCAGCGACUCCAGCAGCGAGAGCUCCGACGAAAAGAAGCCGGCCAGCGAAAUGGAGAGCCUGAGCAUUCCCGGCGGCAGCUACGAUAUUGUAACGAAGGGCAAUCUGCAUCACUUUGUGGAGAAAAUCGACGCGAAUGCCACGCUGGAUGAUCAGGCCAGCGACAUGGUGGCCAAAAUAGCAGAUGCCUUCGCUAACGACGUCGCCAUGCGCAUUGUCAAGUUGGGCAAACACCGAAAGAGCCGAGUUGGCCUUCUGGACCUGGAGUUCGUCCUCAAGAGGGAGUACAACAUGGAGUUUCCCAACGAGCACAAUGCAAAUAAAUAAUGUAAAACGAGUGGGAAGGAAUAAAAUAAAGGUGAAAUAAAUAAUCAUAAGAAAUACAUACACAUUAAUCAAUGAAGAAAAAGUAAAUAAAAAUUGUUUUAUUAAAACAUUUGUGUACACAAAAGGUUAAAA